AUGAGAGGCGUCCGCGACGGUGGCAUGGCGAGCCUCCUCGCCCUGGCGCUCCUCUAUUUGCUCCACGCGUCGUAUCCUGUGAACGGACUACUGAAGUGCUAUUGCGAUAUAUGUCCGGAAGCAAAUUUCACUUGCGAAACCGAUGGUUAUUGUUUUGCCAGUACAAGCCUGAAAAACAACGUCAUUUCGCAUGCUCGAAGGUGUUACAAUAAGAUGAACUUCUUUCCGGAUACUGAGUACUCUGUCUGGUGCAUCACAAACAGUACGCUGCGCGGUCCAGAUGGCAACGAAUUCGUGAUGGCUUGUUGCGAUCAUUCUGACUACUGCAAUCGCGAUCUAAGGCCUUCUUUUCCUACUUACGAGUCCAGAGGUCGGUCGUAUUCUCACUUUGCGAACCACCUCGGAGGAGUAUCGUCAAGUGGUGAUGACGCAACAUGGGUUACCUGGAAAAUGGCUUUGACGAUAGCACUACCAAUAUGCGCAAUCUGCGUGGUCGUAAUGGCAAUCUAUCACAUACACAUGACCAAAAAGAGGCCGGCUAGGCACUUUCCGGAUGACUCGAUGGAGGCUCCGGACCGACCAAUUCUGGGUGGCGUCACUAUCAGGGACAUGUUAGAGAUGACUACGAGUGGUAGCGGCUCAGUAGGCCUGCCACUUCUGGUACAACGGAGUAUAGCGCGCCAGAUUCAGCUGGUGGAAACGAUCGGAAAAGGCCGCUUCGGUGAGGUCUGGCGCGGUCGUUGGCGCGGCGAAAAUGUUGCUGUAAAGAUCUUCAGCUCGCGAGAGGAGAGAUCCUGGUUCCGAGAAGCCGAAAUUUAUCAGACAGUGAUGUUGAGGCAUGACAAUAUCCUAGGUUUUAUCGCUGCCGAUAACAAAGAUAAUGGCACGUGGACACAGCUAUGGCUGAUAACGGAUUAUCACGAAAAGGGUUCGCUCUUCGAUUACCUCAACAGAUCGACCGUCGACACGAACGGUAUGAUAAGGAUGGCCUUGUCGAUCGCCACUGGCUUGGCGCAUCUUCAUAUGGAAAUAGUCGGCACGCAAGGCAAGCCGGCCAUUGCUCAUCGGGACCUGAAGUCAAAAAAUAUCCUCGUGAAGACUAAUGGUACCUGCGCCAUAGGCGACCUCGGAUUGGCCGCCAGGCACGACGUAAUCACGGAUACCGUCGACAUUCAGCUCAACAAUAGAGUCGGCACAAAGAGAUACAUGGCGCCUGAGGUUCUUGAAGAGACGAUAAACAUGAACCACUUUGACUCGUUCAAGAGGGCCGAUGUAUACGCACUCGGUCUGAUCCUCUGGGAGAUCGCUAGACGUUGUAAUGUCGGCGGAAUUCACGACGAGUAUCAGUUGCCCUUUUACGACUUGGUGCCUUCCGAUCCAACUAUCGAGGAAAUGCGGAAAGUCGUGUGCACUGAUCGACAGCGGCCGUCGAUACCGAAUCGAUGGCAGUCGAUCGAAGCUCUGCAAGUAAUGUCGAAAGUAAUGAAGGAAUGUUGGUAUCACAAUGCCGCCGCCAGGCUAACCGCACUCAGGAUCAAGAAAUCGCUCGCUAAUUAUGGCGCUAUAGACGACCUGAAAUAG